AUGUGUUUUGACAAAACCACGUUUUGCAAACCUUCUUUGAUCCAAGGAGGUCCAUCGAGCUCCAAUUGCAGGUCCCCUUCUUCUUCGAUGAUGAAGUCGUUGUUAGGACCGAUAUCGAAAUCUUUGCCGUCAUCAUUCAAUUCAAACUUGUCGGCCAUUUUAACCGACGUGGAGCUGAAAGAGAGGUCGCUUCUGUUUGUGUGCAUUGCACGGAGCAUGUUUCUCUCCAUCAAUAUAGCUUUAGCAAAUCCAAAAGAGCUUCCCGAUGUUGUGGAAGAGAACGAGGUGUCUCUGCCUUCUGUGAAGAUUGAUAUGUUAUCAUCGGUAAUAGCUUUGCUGCGAGAGACUGUUCUUGAGUGUUGGUACGAAAGUCUUGGAUUUGGUGUCGCAGUAGAGAGACUCAACUUGCGUUCCAAGAUUCCUGCGUAA